AUGUUAGCCAGCCUCACAUACACCGCUGAUGAUAUACUUUUUAUGUGGGCUUCAGGAGACAGAUUUAGUGUGAUAUUAACUAUAUCCUUCUCUCUGUCCGUUUCUUGGAGGACUUCGCCUCCCAUUUGGUACCUUGUGUCUGGCCGCCUGCUCCCUCUGCCUAGCUUCAUUACUUAACAUUUAUUUGAUCUAAAUUCUCGUAGUCAUUUGUUGGACCAUUCCUUAAGUUCGUCUAGGUCAUCUUGUAGUCUCUUGUUAUCUACCUCCGUCUUAAUCUUUCUCAUCAUUUUCGCAUUAUCAGGAAACAUUGAGAGGAACGAAUCUAUUCCCUAUGGGAGAUCGUUUACAUAUACAGUAUCAGAAACAGGUAGGUUCGAAGACUUUGCCACAUCCUUGCUUCCUUCACUCCCCACUGGUAAUCUUAACUCUUCUAGUGGUGCCUGGUUGAAUGUUCCUUCUUAUUAGUGUUGCCCUGCGCCUCGCCAUCCUAUCCAUAGAACACUGGUGUAUCUGGGACUAUGCAGCGGCAGACCCAUAUGGCAAAAGAUGGUCUCAUCUCUUGUAAGUCAGAGGGAAAGAUUGCUAGACAUGAAGCAGUCAAUGACAUCACUGAAAGAAGUUUGGCUACAGCCAAGUAUUCAGCGCAAAGGGAACCUCAAAUGUGCAUCUACAGUGGCUGAUACCUCACUACAGUACAGUACAGGUGAUGGGGAUGUCACAUUCUGGCAGACCCAGAAAGCUAAUUAGUACAGAAGCUUCGAACAUUGUUAAUGGUUCGUGCCAAUAGGUUCCGAGACCCUGGGCGCCUGGUUUAAAUGUGCAUGUAAGUUCCUGAAGGAGGUGGUUGAGGAACUCAUUAGGUGUAACACACACGAGUGAUCAGUUUCCUGUUCCAGCACCUUAGUGUUGUGAUCCAGAGAGGAAAUGCUUGAUGUAUCUUGGGCACUGACCCCGCCUCUGCCCAGUUGGAUGAGGUUUUCGAAGUUUUUUUUUUUUUUUUUUUGAGUUAUGUGUAUUUCUGUAAACUGUAACACAAUGCACAAUAAUGUGUAUUAUAAAAUAAAAUUUGUAUUAUACCUAUGCGAAUAGUAGGUAAUUGUAAGAAACGCUCUGCGUGUUAGUGUUUUGCAUGAAUGUGCCACUUAAUCACCAAAAUGUAUAUUUUCAUAACUAAUUGUACCUUGCAUAUAAAUAAAUAAAAAUAAAUAACAUUGUAGUGUGAUGUGAGAGAGUGAGUGUCAAGAACGAGGCGAGUGUGAGUCAGUGUGCUCUCUGGCGUCGUCGGAGGUGGUGUUGCCCGGUUGUAGAUAUACGAGACGUUAUGUAAGCAAUGAAAGUAUCCAGGACAAUGAUUGGGUUAUUAAUGUUGUUGGUGACGGUGACCCGGAGCUGGAGCCUGACCUGGCCUGGGGCCCCCACCUCCGGCCCGCUCUCCCAGCCAAUCCACACCAAUCAUUAUAUUUUUAGUGUACACAAUUUUUUUACGAAUAAUAAAAGCAAGGGUGGAAAUAAAAGUGAGCAAAAUAAUAUGUACGAAGCAAGCAAAAAUAUUGUCAAUGUAAGAGUGGAAAAUGCUAUAGUAAUACGACAUGAUUCAGUGAAUUCCCAAAAUGACUCAAUGGAGUGGAGCACCGUCGAGGGCGGCCUCGGAGCCUCCCGCCCACAACGCCCACAACGCCCACACAACACAAGGUCAUUGCCGAAUACAAGAACAUACUUGGAGAUGGAGAAGCGAUGGCCUUCUUCCGCCAGCAGUAAAACGUGGAGAAAUAACCUCUACGAAAACAGGAAGAACAUAAAUAAUGGUCCCUCUGGCUCGCCGCCCAAGCUGCCUACCAACACUCGCAGACAACAGAUCAACCAUACCAACACACGUGGGGAGUGGGAGGAAGGGCGGCAGUACCGCGCCCUGGACCCCAGACGCCCCAAGGUCCGCAGGCAGCUACUGAGGCAGCACAACCACUUCCGCUCCAGUGUCACGCCCCCGGCUGCUGACAUGUUGGCUCUGUGUUGUGUGUGGUGUUGUCAGGGGUGGUACGAGAGAGCAGCAGCGCAGGCGCAGGCGUGGGCAGAGCAGUGUGACCCCCACACCCAGACUGACCACCCCAGUGUCAGGUGGACCUCCCGCUAUGGCGCCUGUGGGCAGAACGUCCUCAUCUCCACCACCAAGAGGCGAUGGAGUGAGGUGAUAGCCAAGUGGUGGAGUGGAAGACGACACUUUCAGUAUGGGGGUGACCACAACAACUGGAGCCUAGUGUCCUCCUACACACAGAUGGCGUGGUACAACUCUCAUCAGCUGGGAUGUGGUUUCACACAGUGUUCACCCAAUGGUGGCACUACUUUCUUCAGAUAUGUCUGCAACUAUUGUCCUACAGGAAAUGACCCAAAACGGCUGAAUCGGCCGUACAGCGAGGGUGAGGUUUGCAGCUUGUGUCCUGGGUCAUGCAAAUCGCUUUGCCGCAGGAACACCUGCAACCUCUGCACUAAUGCCUGCAGUUACUCCGACUUGUGGAUCAACUGUGAAAGGCUCGACUACGAGUGGCACGAGUGGCUCUGCAACACCAAGACUAAACAGGGAGUCGAACGCUUCAAGAACUGCCGAGCCACUUGCCAGUGUGUCAACGAAAUAACCUAAGCCAGACGAAUAAAUUAAUUCCUGAGUUAUCUUUGUAUGUGCAUUAAAGAAGCAUUAAAUUUUCCAAUAAGAUUUUAAUCUUCGAGAUACCACAACGUUUAGUGUUCUAGUUCACUGGGCCAUCAUUUUCAAUUAUACAUGCAGAUGUGUAAAUGCAAACACAGUCUUAUUGCAGGGGCUGGAAUGCUGUUGCAAAACAAUCUAUUCAUAUGUCUAUAGUCAAUGCUGAACCAUAAAUGUAUCAAGUGAAAUACGAAGGUAGUUCUCCCUCAAAUAUUGUAAAACAUUUUUGUAUAUUUUCUUCCUUAUUGUAUGUGCUAGAUGUAUAAAAUCAAUGUGUCCAAUCUUCUAUGAAAAUUUUGGAAUAUAUUUGUCAGCUUCUUAAAGUUGAAGUUAAAAAAAAAACGAGAUAUUGUAUUGUACAGGAAGCCUAUGAAUAAGAACUGAGAAGUUUGCUGCAAGCCAGACCUCAACCAGCCAAGCCUGCUAUGCAUGUAUAAAGCAGUGUAGUGUUUCUGUUACCUUGUGCAGAUUGAUUGAUUGAUGAAGAUUAAGCCACCCAAAAGGUGGCACGGGCAUGAAUAGCCCGUAAGUGGUGGUUCUUUUGAGCUAUUACCAGUAUCAAGAGCUGAUACUGGAGAUCUGUGGAGGUGCGACUGCACCCUGUGUGACGGGAGGUGUCUCCCGUCAGCUUGUGCAGUAUAGGUGGCUUAUAAAUAGUGCCAUAAUUAUGGCACUAUAUAUAAGUUGCUAGUCAACCACGGAUAAGCAGCACUGACUGAAACACCUGCCUGGGAGUCUUGGGCUGGGUGGAAGGAUACUGGUAGGGCUUCCCAGAUAUACGUUGACUGUCUGGGUCUGCUGUCGUAUAGGAGAAAUGCAGUCAAAUUUCUUAUACAAUAUAUUUUUUUAUACUUUCUAACAAUGCAUUUUUAUACUUUA